CUGAAAUAUAUACAAACAUAGAUGGAUAAGUAGAUAUAUGUGUGCUUUCAGAGUAUUGUCAGUCAUCCCAUGGAAAUACCUGUGUAAAUGAGUAAUUUUAAAGCCAUAUUAAGAAUCCAGGGGAAUGAUGGUUUUGUGGCUGUGAGAUUUGAGCUGAGUUUCUGGGUCUGCUACUAACUUGCCUUUAGUGACUGUGGAGAGGUGUCUGUGACCCUUUUUAUUCUUCCUCAUGUGAAAUAGGAAUAAUUCUUUAUCUUCUACUCUUUAUGCAUCCUUUCAAAGUAACCCUGUUGGACUUGUUGGACAUGUCAUGAGAAUUAGCAAGCUGCUGUUGGAGAGACUCUCGUUGAAGAAGCAGGUUGAUAAAUAAUGCCAGCAUAGGUGCAGAAGUGAUACCUAAUCACAUGGUUAUGAGCUUUAGGGUAUCAGAAUUACAAGUUCUCUUGGGCUUUGCUGGAAGGAACAAAAGUGGAAGGAAGCACGAACUGCUCACAAAGGCAUUACAGCUGCUUAAAUCUGGCUGCAGCCCGGCUGUUCAGAUGAAAAUUAAAGAACUUUACCGACGGAGGUUCCCGAGGAAGAUCUUAACCCCUUCAGACUUGUCAAUGCUCCACAUUCAGGCAGGGCAGCUGCCCUCUGCCACCGCACUGACUCAGGGCACGGUGUGUCAUUUGCCCUACGAGCACAGCUCAGCGGCAACCACGGUGCCGGCAGCUAUGCUGCCUCCGGUGCCUAUGCUGGGACCCAAACACGAGCCAGACGUUCAGCACUUAUCGCCAGCCAUCCACCCAGUCCACCCGGAUGUCAAGAUGAAGAGGCUGCCCUUCUACGACGUUUACGAUGAGCUGAUAAAACCUACCACGUUAGCAUCAACAAAUAGUCAACGGUUUGAAGAAGCUCACUUCACCUUUGCUCUAACCCCUCAGCAAGUUCAGCAGAUCCUCACCUCCCGAGAUAUCUUACCAGGUGCCAAAUGUGAUUACACUAUACAGGUACAAUUAAGGUUCUGCUUGUGUGAAACCAGCUGUCCCCAAGAAGAUUACUUCCCUCCUAAUUUAUUUGUCAAGGUCAAUGGAAAACUCUGUCCCCUGCCUGGUUAUCUCCCACCCACAAAAAAUGGUGCAGAGCCAAAACGACCGAGCCGUCCUGUCAAUAUCACUCCGUUGGCACGACUUUCAGCGACUGUCCCGAACACGAUUGUAGUGAAUUGGUCGUCAGAGUUCGGCAGGAACUACUCUCUGUCAGUUUACCUGGUGAAGCAGCUCACUUCAGUAACGCUGCUACAGAAGCUAAGAGCCAAGGGCAUCCGAAAUCCAGACCAUUCGCGAGCCCUGAUCAAAGAAAAACUGACAGCUGAUCCUGACAGUGAGAUAGCUACAACAAGCUUACGAGUUUCCCUCAUGUGUCCGCUGGGUAAGAUGAGGCUGAUUGUGCCCUGUCGAGCCAUUACGUGCACCCACCUCCAGUGCUUCGAUGCAGCUCUCUAUCUUCAAAUGAAUGAAAAGAAACCCACGUGGACUUGUCCUGUGUGUGAUAAGAAAGCCCCCUAUGACAACCUGAUAAUUGAUGGGUUGUUCAUGGAAAUCUUAAACUCCUGCACAGACUGUGAUGAGAUACAGUUCAUGGAAGAUGGCUCCUGGUGCCCCAUGAAGCCGAAGAAGGAGAACCAGGAGGUGUGCCAGACAUCUGCGUUCAGUGGGAUCGAGGCCAGCUCCCUUUACACUGUGAGCUCUGAGGGCAAGACCUCCUCUGAGGGCAAAAAGAAAGUGGAGGUUAUUGAUCUCACUCUGGACAGCUCAUCGGAUGAGGAGGAGCCGCCUGCCAAGAAGCAGUGCCCGAUCUCCAGCAUGGCUCUUCCGGCAGCGGCCGGGCCCAAGGGAGUGUUAAGUAUUGAUCACCAGCCAUCUUCUGUGCUUCGAAGUCCUCCCAUGGCAGCUCUUGGCAGUGACUAUCUCUCCAACCUCCCCAUUCCUGAUUACCAUCCUUCAUACCAGGUGCCAUCAGAGCUUCAAGGUCUGGAUUUGUUUUCCUUCCUUCAAAGUGAAAACCAGCAUUACAGCCCCUCCGUGAUCACCUCCCUGGAUGAGCAGGAUACGCUCAGCCAUUUCUUGCAGUACAGAGGCACGUCUAGCCACUUCAUGAGCAUGAACCCCCUGGCCCCAGUGAUGGCAGGAUCUCACAGCGCCGUCAGCCCGGCCAGCAGCCGCAUCAGCAGCAUCGUCUCCACCAGCGUGCUGCGAGAGAGCCACGGACACAACGGGACCAUAAGUAGCAACGCAGCGCUCCCGGGCUGCAGGCCAGACAUCAUUUCACUGGACUAACUUCAUGCCCAGCCCAUGCUGGUGGCUGUUAAUCCCUCUGCCAGGGAGGGGAGGCAAGGGCAGGUUUCCAGUAGCUGCUUUAGGACUGGUUUCCCUGUCUGGGACUGGAAGGACCUGACUGUUAACCAUUCAGUUGUCUCUCCUCUCUUGGUUGAUGCAGUUUCCCCAAGCAGCUAGUGCCCCUAGGCCUUGUGCUUGUGGUUUCCAGUCUACCUGUGUUGGGAAGGAUGUGUCCUGCAGCUGUAUCUGCACAGAUGCACUCCUUGACACGCUGCGAUGGGGGGUGAGGGGUGCCUAUUUCUGAGGGUUAACCAAACCCCCUGACUUUCAAGAAGUAUUUUAAAACCAUUUAUACAAUGUAGGAUUCUGCUACAGGUAUCAAAGUGCUGAUGAUGGUCGUUCAGCUGCCCACUCUGCCAUUGGAGAAGUGCCUGCUGGCCAGAAGUAGGGCAGUGUGUCCUGCUCUUUUCCCUGCCCAAACUGCCCCAAAUCCCAAGGAUCUUGUGGCUGUUCCUGCCUCGAUGGUUGUCUUCGCUCCCCGGCCUUCCCUGGGAGGAAAGGGAGCUCCUGCCUGGUGCUGGGGCAGCAAAGCACUGGGAAGGGGGCAGGCAGACCGUGCUGAUGCUCUUGGUGUGCUGCGCCGCGGUGCCAACCCGUCCGGCGCUGCACGAACCGACCAUCUGCGAAAGGGAUGCUGCGACUGAGCCCUGCUCCGAGGAGCCUCCAUCUCGAGCACGCGGGCAGACGUUUGCCGGCCGAAGCCCUGACCGCAGCGGUGGCGGCUAGGAGAUGCCACGAUGGUAUUCCCGGCGGACAAGCUCCUGUGGGGAGCCCAGGCUGACGGAGCAGCUGCCUUGGCUUAAAAUCCAGCUCUAAUCCUAGAGGCGGAGGCCCAAAAGGGACCAUGGAUCUAGUCCAAGCCCUGCCCGAAGCAGGAUCUUCUCUACCAGUGUCCUGACGGGCACUUGUCUCGCCCGUCCUUAGACGGGGAAGGUACAACCUUCCCGCAAAACUGCUUCCCAAGCCCUGACUGCAAAUUACUUGUUAUUUUUUAAUGGAACAAGGUGAGGGGGAGAGAGCAGACUGAGCGGAGCUGUGUGCCAGGAGAUGUGCCGAAUGCUCGCUGGGUGAGCGACCCGCGAAGGAAACUCCCCCGGCCCCGAAGGAUCAGCCGCGGCUGCGGCUUCGCCUUCGGGCUCCCGCCGUGACCUGCCGCUUUGCGGAUUUGGGGAGGGUCCGUAACCGAGACGGAGCUGCGCGGGGCUCUGGGCAGGAGGAGACUUUGCAGGCUCCCCGGCCACGCUGUUGCCUUCUGCCCAUCCCUCUCUCGUGACGCUGGGCUCGGUGCUGUCUCAAUUGUAAUUAUGAUGUAUUUAAAAAAAAAUGUAGAUUUCUUUUCCUCCUUUUAAAUUUUUUUCCAAUACAGAACUGUACAGAGAACAGAUAGAUUAUCUAUAUUUUCAGUUGCAGCUUUUUGUACAUAUAAAACUCCAAAGACUUCCCUGUUUCUAUACCUAUGUGAGGACUAAAUGAAGGUUGCGUUGUCUCCACCGGGGACAACGCUUCGCCCAUUGCACAAAUUAUUUAUGUAUUUAAAUGUACACUUUAGUUUGUAACCUUUCCAGCAUUGUACCUGCUGCUUUGCGAGUGUCCUGCCUAAACGGGGCUGGCUAGGCUAUGCCGGAUCCCUGCUGCCACGCGCGCCUCCCGAUUCCUGCUGCACGAGGCACCUGGGUGUUGGGGCUGCAAGGCCAGGCCAGACCGGGGAGAGGUAUCACAUGUAGCAAUUUUUAGCACCUUUUUUUUUUCCUUUUUUUUAACCGCUCCAUUACUGAGCGUUAAAGCAAAGCGCCUUUCCGUGCCUCACGGGACGGAUGCAGAAGCAGCGCGCAAUAUUUCCGCUUGGACAGUUCCCUAUUUCUUGUAUUGUAACCGCAGUAAAUAUUUUGAUGCAAUAAAGUCGUAAAUCCUGA